UUCCACUCAAAGAUGUCAACGAAGUUUUUUCCCCUGGAACUUUUUUCACGAUUUUUCCAGCAAAAAACACAAUUUUUCCACAAUGACUAGUUCUGGAUUGUUCUUCACAUCCCUCAUUAGUGGAGGAGUAGCAGGUACUGUUGUUGAUGUCGUCCUCUUUCCUGUGGACACAAUAAAAACACGUCUGCAGAGUGAGAGAGGUUUCUGGAAGUCCGGUGGAUUGUCCAAAAUCUACAAAGGUUUUCUACCAGCAGCCGCUGGAAGUGCACCUUGUGCUGCAUUGUUUUUCUGUACAUACGAAACCACCAAAUCCCUCCUGAAUUCCCAAAAUUUCCUCAACAUCCACACCCCAGUGGUGCACAUGAUCUCAGCGAGUCUAGGUGAAGUGGCAGCCUGUCUCAUUCGUGUUCCAGUAGAAAUAGCCAAGCAGCGCCGACAGGAUCUGACGCAGGGCAAUCGAUCUGCAAUCAGUAUCCUCAGGCAUGCUCUCAGAACUGAAGGCUUUAUCGGAGGGCUAUAUCGUGGUUUCGGGACUACCCUCUCGAGAGAAAUUCCCUUUUCUCUCAUUCAAUUUCCCCUCUGGGAAUAUUUCAAAGCCACCUGGAGUGAGCACAGAGGAGAACCCUUAGCCAGUGCUCAUGUUGCUAUCUGUGGAGCCCUUGCAGGAGCCAUUGCCGGUGGUAUUACUACCCCUUUUGAUGUGGCCAAGACGAGAAUAAUGCUGGCUAAUCAAGGAGAAGCCCAAAAGAACAAUAUGUUCAGUGUUCUCAGAAACAUAUAUGCCAGGGAAGGAAUUUCCGGACUCUUUUCUGGCUUCAUUCCCCGUGUUAUGUGGAUAUCAAUUGGAGGGACCAUCUUUUUUGGUGUUUAUGACUUUGUUAGCAGCACAAUAUCUGCCUCUAGUAUCUUCCAGCAAGAUUCAUGAGCCAAAGAACAAAACUACUUAAUGCAUUUUAUGUUAAAAAUGGAAUUUAUAAUAAAUAGAUAAUUAUAGAGGAA